AAACUCUUCUAUCUUGAUUGGUUGUCAAUCUGAGGAGUUUCCAAUCCUGGGGAAGCCAGAAAAACAGCGAUUUAUACUCUUAAUGGGUACUUUUUGACUGAAUUUUAUGAACCCAUUCUGAAGAGGCUGACAAUUUUACUCUCUCAUUUUUUUCCUUUCUCCAGAAUGGGUUCUAGGUGGGUCCCCUGGGUGGUGGCUCUGCUAGUGAAUCUGACCAGACUGGAUUCCUCCAUGACUCAAGGCACAGACUCUCCAGAAGAUUUUGUGAUUCAGGCAAAGGCUGACUGUUACUUCACCAACGGGACAGAAAAGGUGCAGUUUGUGGUCAGAUUCAUCUUUAACUUGGAGGAGUAUGUACGUUUCGACAGUGAUGUGGGGAUGUUUGUGGCAUUGACGGAGCUGGGGCAGCCAGAUGCUGAGCAGUGGAACAGCCGGCUGGAUCUCUUGGAGAGGAGCAGAGAGGCCGUGGAUGGGGUCUGUAGACACAACUACAGGCUGGGCGCACCCUUCACUGUGGGGAGAAAAGUGCAACCAGAGGUGACAGUGUACUCAGAGAGGACCCCACUCCUGCACCAGCAUAAUCUGCUGCACUGCUCUGUGACGGGCUUCUAUCCAGGGGAUAUCAAGAUCAGGUGGUUCCUGAAUGGGCAGGAGGAGAGAGCUGGGGUCAUGUCCACUGGCCUUAUCGGGAAUGGAGACUGGACCUUUCAGACUGUGGUGAUGCUAGAAAUGACUCCUGAACUUGGACAUGUCUACACCUGCCUUGUCGAUCACUCCAGCCUGCUGAGCCCUGUUUCUGUGGAGUGGAGAGCUCAGUCUGAAUAUUCUUGGAGAAAGAUGCUGAGUGGCAUUGCAGCCUUCCUACUUGGGCUAAUCUUCCUCCUGGUGGGAAUCGUCAUCCAGCUAAGGGCUCAGAAAGGAUAUGUGAGGACCCAGAUGUCUGGUAAUGAGGUCUCAAGAGCUGUUCUGCUCCCUCCGCCAUGCUAAGGUCCUCACUGAAGCUUCUCUCUCUGGAACCUGAAGUAGUGAUGAGUAGUCUGGGCCCUGGGUGAGGUAAAGGACAUUCAUGAGGUCAAUGUUCUGGGAAUAACUCUCUUCCCUGUUCCUUGGAGGAGCCCAAACUGAUUCUGGAGCUCUGUGUUCUGGGAUCAUGCAUCUCCCACCCAUCUGCCCUUCUUCCUUCUAUGUGUACAUCAUUAAUCCCUAUUGCCGAGGACACUGUCCAGAAACUCUCCUAAGACCUUACUCCUUCCAGCCCCAAAUCAUUUACUUUUCUGUGGUCCAGCCCUACUCCUAUAAGUCAUGAUCUCCAAAGCUUUCUGUCUUCCAACUGCAGUCUCCACAGUCUUCAGAAGACAAAUGCUCAGGUGUCACUGUUUCCUUUUCACUGCUUUUAAAGAACUUUUUAUUGUCAAAUAAAAUGGAGAUACAAAAAAAUGUACAAUUUAGUGAAUUAUUUAAGGAAAACCCCUGUAAUCAAGUCAAGGAACAGGACUUUGCCAGCUCCAGCAGAAGUCUCUGUGUAUGUCAGGCCAAUCAAAGCCUCUCCCUCCCCUCAAAAGUGACCAUAGCCUGACUUUAUUGUAACCUCUUUCAUGUCUUUGUAGUCUAUUUCCCCAGGUAUGUGUUCCUGGACACCACAGCUUAGUUGUCUUUUACGUCUCUUAUACUUCACUGGUUUCUCCCCCGGCAGCCAUUUUCCCCCUUAUGAUUAAUCUGUUGAAAACUCGAGCCAUUUGACCUGUAGAGUUUCCCACACUCUGGAUUUUGCUGGCUGCAUACACAUGUUGCAGUGUAACACAUCCUCUGCCCUCUGUGCUUCCCGCAAAUUGGCAUCUGGAUUCAGAGGCUGGAUCAGACUCUGGUUCCAUCUUUUCCUUUGGAAAAUCUAUACGUGGUGUUGUGGCCUUUCACCAUGAGAUACAUAAUUUCCAGCUGUUUCUUUUUGUGAUGUUAGCAACCAUUGAUACUAAUUACUUAGGUCUGUUAAUUUAUUGGGGAUUGCUAAAUGGUGGUAUUCUGUCAUUUUUUCCUCAUUCAUAUGCUUUAUUAAUGCUACAAAGAGAAAGUUCCCUUCAUUUACUAGUGAAGAGAAACUUCCCUCCACUUACUAGUGGGCUACUCAGUGGUACAGUGGAAAGGCAGGAUCAGUGUUUGACUCUCCUUUUAUUUACCAAUUUUCAAGUUAACAAAUUGGUUUCCUACUAUUAAUAAAACCUACAGAUGGACAAUCAGGUUUUACUUUUCAUUCUUUAAAUAAUAUAGACAGAAGGAUUUAAAUGUUUGAUAGGUUUUACUCUAUUGCAAUUUUUUGCUUGUUAAAGCUUAUAUCCUAUAUUUUUGGUGAGUCAAAACUUUUUCAAGUUGCUAAAAAUGAAACUGAGUUCUUUUGACACAAAGUUCUUUUGAUAAUUUCUUUGUUAUCUGGGAUGACAAGAUGUUUCUGGUUAUCUUGUUCAUUUCUUGGCCAGACCUAAAGGUAGCCAUGUUUCCAGAAAUCCCUUGUUUAGUUUAGUGGGAAAUGACAUUUAAGACUAUAAUACAGCUUUAGGGUGUUUUGUCCCACUGAACCCGCUGCUGGAGUCACCUCAAAAGUGGCGUCAAGGGAGUUACCACAGGGAAGUGCCUGAAACCAUUCUGAGAUGGUGUGGGUUAGGAUUCAAAGAAAGAAGCACUAAAUGCCAAGGUGAUCAGUCCAAAGCAUUUGUUUGGGGAAUUUACCUACAGAGGGCUUCAGGAGUCCUUGCAGACAGCAAGAGAAAAGAGAUGUUCUGCCUAGGUAGGUCAGCAGCGAGGGGGUCAGGGUAUGGAGUUUAUAUGAAGGUUUAAGGAACCUGGCUCAGCGCUGGGACAAAGUUUCAGUGUUUAGAGCAACAACCUAGAUACCUUUAUCAGUGCCUGGGAGUGUUCAAGACCUUGGCGUGGGUUCAAGCCUGCUGGGAAAAACCUGCAGCUGGCUGGGUCACAGAGGCAUUCUGUGAUUUUUCGGUCAGGACAUGGAAAGAAAGCAGGGAGAGGGGCAGUGGGGGAGCCUAAAUAGAUAGGAGUGGUCAUUGUGUCCGGCCUGUUCAAUGGAAAUAAAACAUUUAUACAUGUAUAUAUUUAAAAAAAUCAGUUGUCCAGGCACGGUGGCUCACAGCUGUAAUCCCAGCACUUUGGGAGGCCGAGGCGGGUGAAUCACGAGGUCAAGAGAUUGAGACCAUCCUGGGCAACACGGUGAAACCUCGUCUCUACUAAAAAUACAAAAAUUAGCUGGGUGUGGUGGUGUGCACCUGUAGUCCCAGCUACUUGGGAGGCUGAGGCAGGAGAAUCACUUGAACCUGGGAGGCAGAGGUUACAGUGAGCCAAGAUUGUGCCACUGCACUCCAGCCUGGUGACAGAACAAUACUCCGUCUUAAAAAAAAAAAAAAUCGGUCUUUUCUGUAUUACUUCUGCAUCUCCUUUCUUUUACACCAAGAUCUCUGGUUUUCAAGGACACAGGGACAGACACAAUUAGAAUGUCCAUACUUACUUGCUUUUCCUGAGUUAACAUAGACAGCAGUUUAAGGAUAAUAACACUCAUACUACAGCCACCAAAAUGGCUACUGAAAACGGUUGAAAUUCUUUUUACCUACGUUCUCCCUAUUACCUGUGUUCUCCCUUUUUACCUAUGCUCUCUCCCACUUUCUAGUUGAACUAUGUCUAUAUUAGUUGAACCUGUACCAUUGCAUUGACUGCUUGCUCCCUUAUUAGUCUUAGUUCUGUGAGUAGAGAUAUGUUUAACGCUCACCAUCAUUCCUUAUGUUGAUAUCCCUGUCAUGUUGUGGUUUUCAAGGUGUGGUCCAUGGAUCCCUGGGGGGGUCCCUGGGACCCUUCAAGGGGCCUAUGAAGUCAAGCUAUUUUUCUAAUUAUACUAAGAUGUUAUUUGCCUUUUUCACUGUAUUAUUUACAUGGUGGUACAGAAAUCUAUGGUGGUCACGUGAAACUGUUAGUGCCUGAGCACAAAUCAAGGCAGUGAGACCAAGCUGUACAGGUAGUCAUGUUCUUCGCUGCCAUAAACCUACAGUAAAAAACAAACAAACAACAACAACAAAAAAGCAAAAGCCAGUGACCGUGAUGAAGCAAUAAAAUCAUUAGUUUACUAAAUUUUAAACCUCAAGCGCACAUCUGUUUAAUAGUCAGUGUAAGAACAUAGGCAGCAUUUCUGGUACAUACUGAUGGAAAGACAGUUGUCCUGUGGAAAAGCCAUUGUACAAUUGCAUGAGUUGUGAGUGAAGUUAAACAUGUUUUUUUUUUUAGUGGGUCAUCAUUUUCCUUGAAAGAAUGACUGAAAGGCACCCUGUGAUUAUUCAGACUUGGAUAUUUGGUAGAAAUUUUCUCAAAAAUAAACACUAUGACCCUAUCCUAUAAAAGAAAAUAAUAUUGACAGUGGAAAUUUGUAUUUCAAGAGAAAAUUAAAAUUUUGGAAAACCACAUGUGCUGCAGCUUCUCACUACUUAAAGAUUUUUCUGAUGAGAUUGGUGAUGAUAUUAACAAGUAUGGUUUAAAAAUUAUUGUUUAAUAAAAUAUAUCAACACUUUAAAGAUCUGCAUAAUCCCAUGAACCAAUAAUUUACAAAUAAUCAAUGCAUGAUAUUGCAAAGUCAUGCAUAGAGGAAAAGAUCCAUUUAAAGAUAGACUAGUGAAUUUUAACAUAACAGAAUAUGAAAAGUUAGUUGAUAAGGUUUCAGAUUCCACACUGCAACUAACCUGCAAGAAUCUGCCAUUUCUUGAGUUUUGGUCUUAUUGAGGAAGAACAGUUACAAUAGCUGAAAUAGCUAUUGAAACUUUCCUCCUUUUCCCAACUGUGUAUCAGAGCGAGGCCAAAUUUUCUUCUUGUACUGUAGCCAAAACAACAUAGAAGAAGAAUAUACAACCAAGCUAGCUUCAUUAAGCCAGACAUUAAA